AUGACAUCGGUACCAACUAAAUUAUAUCAUCAUCAUGAUCAUUAUCAACGAGGAUCAAAUAGUAAAUUGUUAACAACAUCGAUGAAUACUAUAAAUACAAGUGACGAUAUGAUUCUGAUGAAAGUCCAGCGAGAAUUGGGCAUUAUUGAAAAGCUUUGUUCAACAUAUGGUUUUGUGUAUUGUUGUCAUCGUGAUGGCCGCUAUUUUUUUCACUUUAGUGAAUAUAAAAAUGAUAUCCAACAAGCUAAAAUAGGAGAUGUAGUCGAAUUUGAAACAACCAUUGAUAAACGAAAGAAAAAGCCAGUUGCUGUUAAUAUUAUACCUGCUAGUUCAGAAAUAGUAGGUGAAAAUCGCGUAGAAGGCACUAUUGCAGUAGUUGCCCGACUACAACAAGUACAAAAUGAGUUUCCACCAUUUGAUUUUAUCCCUGAUGGAAAAGUAACUUAUGUAAAAAAAGGUGAAACUUAUUUUUUACCGUACGGUCUCACUGAUCUGCAAGAUUCAACUGUUCAAGUAAAAGUUGGUGAUCGAGUUUCAUUUAAUGUUGGCCAAGAUCGUCGUACCAAUCAAUUUUUUGCACGAAAUGUUGUACUUCUCGAUCAACCGAUUCCAUCGACGUCAUCAACUAUAAAACGUUAUCGUGGUGUUAUAUCAACCAUGAAGGAUAGCUUUGGUUUUAUUGAACGUGAAGAUGCACUUAAAGAGAUAUUUUUUCAUAUCACCGAGUUCGGACCUACUGCUACUGCAACUAUGAUUCAACCAGGUGUAGAAGUGGAAUUUGAUAUUCAAGAUCGACAUAAUAAAGAAGUCGCUAGUAAUAUAAUUAUAUUACCAAAAGGUACAGUUGAAUUCGAUGAAAUUGAUAAAACACCUCAUAUUGGUCGUAUAUUACAACCCUUACAAAAUAAAUUAAAAAAAUCAGAGAACGCAUUAGCUGGUCGUUUAAUUUACGAUGCAUUAGAAAAAAAAAUGUCAGAAUUACCAUUUGGUGACCGUGAUCGUUGCGGUUUAUAUACAUUGCUUGAUAGUGAUAUUGUACAAUUUGUUAUUGCAAAAGAUAAACGUGAUGGUAUGAUGCGUGCUACACAGAUAUCGUUACUUGAUCAAAGUUUUCUUAAAUCAAAAGAACAACGACAGAUAGGUAUUGUGAUCAAAUUAGAUACUACAAUAGGUGGUCAGAUUAAAUAUUUAUCAUCAGAUCAGAUUGUGUCAUUUCGAUUUAGUGAAGUUAUGAAAGAUAAUUUCCAAAUAACAGAAGGUGACCUAUUGGAAUUUACAUUAGCAUCGAAUAUAAUUAACGGGGAUUUACCACAAGCUAUUCGAAUUAAAUUAAUAGCAAAAGAUAGUCUAACGAAUAUCAAUGGUCACGAAUUAAGAUUAAUGGGUAUUGUUGAACGUGAUGCCAAUGAUGCACGAUUAGAACGAAAUGGUCGUUCCAAUGAAGCCUCUGAAACUAAACAAACCAAUGGUAAUGAUACAGUUUCAUCGUCUAUUAACAAUCGUCAACAAGAACCAGGCCUGAUUCGAUAUGUACAUCAGAGUAAUGAAUCUACCAUACAAUAUUUAUCAACUAAUCUCAGCAAUACAUCAGCACUAUAUUAUGGAGAUAAAGUGGAAUUCAAUAUAACACCGGGUAGUAAAUUAGCUUUGAAUGUAGCAUUAAUCGAACGAAAUCGUGUUCAUGGUUGGAUUGCAAUUCUUCGUGAAGGAAAAGGCUUUAUUGAACAAGGUACUACAAUGGGCAGUAUUGAACCAGUUGCAUUUUCCAUGAGUUCAUUUACGGGUGACAAUAUACAAGUAGAAUUAGGUGAUGAAGUUGAAUUCAGCUUAAGAAAAAUAUCUAGCCGUCUAGUAGCGGAAAAUAUUCUCAAAGUAUCAUCAACUAUUAAUAAUUUCUAUUCGAUUCUUCCAACAAUACAUUGUGGUCGUGUUGUAACUCCAGUUCGAAUGAUAUCCAAUGAUGAAUGUGAAGUAUUUGGCCGAAUCCAAAAGAUAGCUGAUGAUGGUAUACCAGGUGAAUGCUUCACAUUUAGUAUCACAGGGGUUAAAAACAAACGUGUUAUUUUAUUACCGAAUGAUUCAGUAACAUUUUCGGUUGCUGUUGGACUGGACUAUUCAAGACGUGCUGUGAAUAUUAUUUUAGAAAAUGAAACGCGUAAAGGAAAAGUUGAUACAGUUAAAGGACAGUUUGGUUUUAUUGAUUUUGCAUGUGAAGAAAAUAAAAAAAUCUUUUUUCAUAAUUCCGAAAUUGAAUCCGGAAUUGAUUUACGAGCCGGUGAUGAAGUUGAAUUUUAUGCUCAAUAUAACCUGAAAAGUGGUAAACCAUGUGCUAGUCGAUUACGUCGUGUUAAUAAUCUUCAACGACCCGAUCGAUUAAUUACAAAACUUAAAUCGAUUAAUUUCGAUGAAAAUACACGACAAAAAUUAGUUAUUAUCCGACAGCCACGAAAUGCUGAUGAGAAAUCAAAAGGAUUCACUAGCGUUCGAAGCGAACGAGCGCCUGGCGUACUGAUAAAAGCACAAAAUUAA